UCCGCGGACCCGGCCGGCCAAGGCCCGCGCCCGCCGCGGCCUCCAGAGGCCCCGAGAGGCCCCGAGAGGCCCUGGCCCGGCGGCGGCGGCGGCCAUGGCCGGUGGGCCGGGGCCGGGGGACCCCGCGGCCCCUGGCGCCCAGCACUUCUUGUACGAGGUGCCGCCCUGGGUCAUGUGCCGCUUCUACAAAGUGAUGGACGCCCUGGAGCCCGCCGACUGGUGCCAGUUCGCCGCCCUGAUCGUGCGCGACCAGACGGAGCUGCGGCUGUGCGAGCGCUCCGGACAGCGCACGGCCAGCGUCCUGUGGCCCUGGAUCAACCGCAACGCCCGCGUGGCCGACCUCGUGAGCAUCCUCACGCACCUGCAGUUGCUCCGCGCUCGGGACAUCAUCACGGCCUGGCACCCUCCUGCCCCUCUCCUGCCCCCCAGCACCAGCACCCCGAGGCCCAGCAGCCCCCAUGCGCCCUGUGAGGCCGAGGUCCCCCGCCCCCGGACGUUGCCGACGUCAGCCUCCACAGUCCCCUCCCCAGCUUUUCCAGGCUCCCAGACCCAUUCUGGGGCUGAGCUCGGUCCUGUCCCAAGCCCUGCCUCCCGCCAGCAACCACCACCACCACCAUACCCAGCCCCUUCCUCCACCAAGACUAACCCGGAGAGCCCAGUGUCCCCCCUGCAGGGAGCCCAGGCCUCUCCGUUUUGCUGGCCCCUCAAUGAGAUCUCCCAGGGCACCCACAACUUCUCAGAGGAGCUGAAGAUCGGAGAGGGCGGCUUCGGGUGUGUGUACCGGGCGGUGAUGAGGAACACGCUGUACGCCGUGAAGAGGCUAAAGGAGGGGGCAGACCUGGAGUGGAUCACAGUGAAGCAGAGCUUCCUGACGGAAGUGGAGCAGCUGUCCCGGUUCCGUCACCCCAACAUCGUGGACUUUGCUGGUUACUGUGCUCAGAGCGGCUUCUACUGCCUCGUCUAUGGCUUCUUGCCCAAUGGCUCCCUGGAAGACCGCCUCCACUUUCAGACCCAGGCCUGCCCCCCACUCUCCUGGCCUCAGCGACUGGACAUCCUUCUGGGCACAGCACGCGCCAUUCAGUUCUUACAUCAGGACAGCCCCAGUCUCAUCCAUGGGGACAUCAAGAGUUCCAACGUCCUCCUGGAUGAGAGACUGAUGCCCAAACUGGGAGACUUCGGCCUGGCCCGCCUCAGCCGUUUUGCAGGGGCCAGUCCCGGCCAGAGCAGCACAGUGGCCCGGACGCAGACCGUGCGUGGCACCCUGGCUUACCUGCCUGAGGACUAUGUCAAGACGGGGAGGCUGGCCGUGGACACAGAUACCUUCAGCUUUGGCGUGGUAGUGCUGGAGACCCUGGCUGGCCAGAGGGCCGUGAGGACGCAUGGUGCCCGGACCAAGUACCUGAAGGACCUCGUUGAAGAAGAGGCUGAGGAGGCCGGGGUGACUCUGAAAAGCACCCGGACCACACUGCAAGCGGGUCUGGCCACAGAUGCCUGGGCUGCCCCCAUUGCCGCCCAGAUCUGUAAGAAGCACCUGGACCCCAGGCCUGGCCCAUGCCCGCCCGAGCUGGGGCUGGCCCUGGGCCAGCUGGCUUGCUGCUGCCUGCACCGCCGGGCCAAGAGGAGACCCCCCAUGACCCAGGUGUAUGAGAGUCUAGAGAAGCUGCAGGCGGCCGUGGCAGGACCCGUCCCGGAGCCCAAUUCUGCUGGCCUCGGCCCCUCUUCCCCGCAGGAGAACUCCUACAUUUCCCAGCCCAGCAGUGCCCCGUGUGGUGCCAGCCCCCCGGAGCCCCAGGCGCUCCCCUCGGGAGCACCAGCCCGGGCCCCAGAGUGGCUCCAGAAGGGCCCCAACCAGCCCGUGGAGAGUGACGAGAGUGUGUCUGGCCUGUCUGCCGCCUUGCAUUCCUGGCGCCUGAGCCGGAGCUGCCCCCCAGACCCGGCCUGGCCAGGCAGCACGGGGCAAGGGGCCACGGCGUGGGCCCCGGCACCCCUGGGGAAGGCCGGCUGGACUCAAGGGGGCACCACCCAGGAGUCGAGCUGGGGGAGUGGCCCGGGGCCGCAGCUGACAGCUAUGGAAGGAUCGAUCCUGAGCAGCUCCGUGGUCUCUCAGCCACCACAGAUCAUCAUCAACCCGGCUCGACAGAAGAUGGUGCGGAAGCUGGCCUUGUACGAGGACGGGGUCCUGGACAGCCUGCAGCUGCUGUCAUCCGGCUCCCUCCCAGGCUCAGGUGUGGGACCCCAAGACAGGCUGGGGCCCGAGGAGAGUGAUGAGUUUCAGAGUUGAUCUGUUCACCCGGCGGAUAACCCAAACCUGGAAGUCGAAGUUCUCAUAGUCGGAAGUUCUCGUGCUCUCGAGUCCUCAGCAGCCCGCGGGUGGGGCGCGGUGGGGGCCUCCUCGGGCGGAGAGCUGCUCCAGGGCGGGGUGCCCGGGCGGGCUCUG